AUGUCUCAAGUAGCGUCUAUUGCAGAUGGUGCCACGCCGCACCCUUUCGACCAAGCGUCACCAGCUGAGCUUCAAGCGGCGGUCGACAUUGCAAAGCAGCGCUUUGAUCCAGAACUCGAGUUAUUCUGGUACGCAGGCAAUGUCCAGGAGCCUCCGAAGAAGGUCAUGCAAGAAUACCUGCGUGCUGAACGUGCAGGAAAGCCUAUCCCCCCUCCUCCUCGCCGCAUUUGUAUCCUUGUGGGCAUCGUACACACUCCUCGCAACUUUGAGGUGCUGGUCGACUUGAGGGAGGGUGCCAUUGUUGGCUUUAAAGAACUAUCACGAAUCUACCAGCCUCCUUUGACGAUGGAUGAGGUGGAUAUUGCACGCAACGUCACUCUGUCGUCUGAUCUUGUCAAGAAAGAAGCGGAGCGAAUGGGUAUCCCAAUGGACCUCGUUUUUGCCGAGCCGUGGGAUUAUGGGCGCGACAGUGACGAGGAAUACCCUCGCAUGUCUCAAAUCUUCAUGUACAUGCUCAACCCUGAAACACGCGAUCCGGAGUCCAACCCAUACUCGUGGCCUCUUGACUUCAUGGCCAUCGUCGAUUUGGAAAAGCGUGAAGUUGUCAAGGUCAUUCACCUCAACCUGGGAGUGGAUACGGUCAGCCGGGAGAUCCAAAAUGGUACAUACAAAGGCAGUAAGCCGAUCGAGCCCGAGUACGUGCAUAGCCUUCAAUCGCAAAAGACACGGACUACAAUGAAACCGCUACGUGUCCUGCAACCCGAAGGCCCUAGCUUUGACGUGUCUGGCAAUCUGAUCGAGUGGGAGAAGUGGCGAUUUCGUGUUGGCUUCAACUGGCGAGAGGGCUUCGUUCUUUACGACGUCACCUUUGACGGCAGGGAGGUUCUCUACCGCAUGUCUUUGGCCGAGAUGUUUGUGCCUUACGGCGAUCCGCGAUCUCCUCUGCAGCGUAAGUCUGCUUUUGACUUUGGCAAUAUUGGUGCUGGUAAUGCUGCCAACAAUCUAGGCCUAGGCUGUGAUUGCUUGGGUGUGAUCAAGUACCUAGACGGUCAACUGCUGGGCGGCGACGGCAAACCGAAAACAGUUCCCAACGUCGUUUGUAUCCAUGAAGUGGAUGCAGGUAUCCAGUGGAAGCACACCAAUACGGUCACAGGUAAGCCUGUGGUCGUGCGCCGUCGUCAACUGCAGUUGCAGAUGAUUAUCACCGUGGCGAACUACGAAUAUGCCUUCUACUACGUGUUUGAUCAAAGUGGCGAGAUUAUGUUUGACACGCUUGCCACUGGCAUCCUUAGCACGACGCCAAUUGAUCCCACGAACAAAGACCCUUGCUCAUAUGGUACCCGUGUGGCUCCUGGUGUUCUGGCGCCAUACCACCAGCACAUUUUCAGCUUGCGUAUCGACCCCUGCAUUGAUGGCGAUGGAAACACGGUCCAAGUGGUGGACAGUGUUCCCAUGCCUCUGGACAAGGAUACGAACCCAUAUGGCGUGGGCUAUACUACUGAAAGUUACAAUGUAAAGCAAUCGGGCACUGAAGACAUCAAUGUGGAGAGGGGACGCGUCUUUAAGAUUGUCAACCCGAACAAGAUCAAUCCGACUACGCUCCAGCCUGUCGGAUACAAGCUGGUGCCUGUAGCCUCUCAGAUGAUCUUAUCAGACCCUAACUCUUGGCACGGACGUCGCUCGAACUACUGCACUGCUCCUAUUUGGGUCACGAAGUAUAAGGAUGAUGAGCUUUAUCCAGCCGGCAAAUACACGAGUCAGUCGAUUGGUGAUGACGGCCUGCGCCACUAUAUAUCCCGCAAUGAUCCUGUGGAAAAUGAGGACAUUGUUGUGUGGCAUACUUUUGGUCUUACCCACAACCCCCGACCAGAAGACUUCCCUAUCAUGCCGGCAGAGACUUCGCGCGUGAUGCUGAAACCCUACGGCUUCUUUGAGUACAACCCUACGUUGGAUGUACCGGAGAGCAAGCAGUCCUUCAACCAAAGUGUCUCGUACGAGGACAGCAAAGCUCUGAGUAGCAAGAAGUCUUGCUGUAAAAUAUAG